AUGGCGAGCCAAGGCGUUGCCUCCAUGUUGCCUCUGGCAUUGCUCCUCGGAGCCUUCGCCUCCAUCCCACAAAUCGUGGAGUCCAUCGGGGUGUGCUACGGCAUGAGCGCCAACAACCUGCCAGCGGCGAGCACCGUCGUGGGCAUGUUCAAGUCCAACGGGAUCAAAUCGAUGCGGCUGUACGCCCCCGACAAGGCGGCGCUGCAGGCCGUCGGUGGCACGGGCAUCUACGUGGUCGUCGGGGCGCCUAACGACGUGCUCUCCAACCUCGCCGCCAGCCCGGCGGCCGCCGCCUCGUGGGUCAGGAGCAACAUCCAGGCGUAUCCCAAGGUUUCCUUCCGGUACGUCUGCGUCGGAAACGAGGUCGCCGGCGGUGCCACCCGGAACCUCGUCCCAGCAAUGAAGAACGUGCAUGGCGCGCUCACUUCCGCCGGGCUGGGCCACAUCAAGGUGACCACGUCGGUGUCGCAGGCCAUCCUCGGCGUGUACAGCCCGCCCUCUGCCGGGUCCUUCACCGCAGAGGCGGCCGCGUUCAUGGGCCCCGUGGUGCAGUUCCUUGCCCGCACCCGCGCACCGCUCAUGGCCAACAUCUACCCCUACCUGGCCUGGGCCUACAACCCGAGCGCCAUGGACAUGAGCUACGCCCUCUUCACCGCAUCCGGCACCGUGGUCCAGGACGGUGGCUUCGGGUACCAGAACCUGUUCGAUGCCACGGUGGACGCCUUCUACACGGCCAUGGCCAAGCACGGCGGCUCUAACGUGAAGCUAGUGGUGUCGGAGAGCGGGUGGCCGUCGGGCGGCGGCACCGCGGCGACUCCAGCCAACGCCAGGUUCUACAACCAGCACCUCAUCAACCACGUCGGGCGCGGAACCCCACGCCACCAGGGCGCCAUCGAGACCUACAUCUUCGCCAUGUUCAACGAGAACCAGAAGACCAGCGGCGUGGAGCAGCACUGGGGACUCUUCUACCCCAACAUGCAGCACGUCUACCCCAUCAACUUCUGA